AUGGCCAACUUCAAGGGACAUGCCCUUCCCGGCAGCUGCUUUCUGCUGUUAGGCCUGUGUUGGUCAAUGAAGUACCCUCUCCGACACUUCUGGAGGAGGCGUCAGCCUAAAGGAAGACAAAAACUGCCCCUGUUCUUUAACAGAAUCGACUUAAUCGAGGGGGCACUCAUCAUUUUCUUAGCCUUUGUGGGCAUCAUGGCAGAGCAGUUUGUGCCCGAUGGGCCCCAUGGCCACCUGUACCUCAGAGAGACUAAGUCCUGGGUGAAGCUGAUGAACUGGCAGCACAGCACAAUGUACUUCUUCUUCGGCAUCUGGGGAAUUGUUAAAGUCCUCAGUAUGUCACCGCUUCCAGUCCCACUUGGUCUUGACCGCCUUGCUCUCUCUCUGGCUUUUUUCAUUGAAGGGUUUCUGUUUUACUUCCAUGUGCACAUGCGCCCUCCUCUGGAUACCCACAUCCACUCCCUGCUGUUUGUGGCAGUGUUUGGUGUGGCGGCCAGCACCCUGUUGGAGGUGUUCAUGCGAGAUAACAUCAUACUGGAGCUGCUCAGGGUCAGCCUAACCAUCCUGCAAGGCUCCUGGUUCUUUCAGAUUGGAUUCGUGCUGUACCCAUUAAACGGAGUACAGUGGGAUCUGAAGGCACACGAUAACACCAUGUUCGUCACCAUGUGCUUCUGCUGGCAUCUAGCUGUGGCCCUGCUGAUCGUUGGCAUCAACUACUGGAUGGGCUGGUGCUGUGUACAAAGAUGUGCAGGGAAGGGAGGUGACAUAGAGAUCGGGAUGAGAAAGACAUCCAGCUCCCAGAAGGCUCUGCUGCAGGAUUCUGAUGAAGAGUAAGCGGAUGGAUCAUGAAGUGUACCACAGGAGGUUGGUGGCACCUUAACUGGGGAGGAUAGGCUAGUGGUAAUGGUUGGAGCGGAAUAGUAUCAAAUACACUACAUCAACACACAUGGAAGUGUUUGAUGCCAUUCCAUUAGCUACGUUCCAGCCAUUAUU